GCUUCCUGCAGCUGUUGCGAGAAACAAACGCUCUUUCUCGUUACAGCUUUUCGAUUGUUUAUUUUCCCAGAAAUAUUUAUACUUUUGUUUUUAGAUAGUGAUUAAAGAAUUCCUUAUUAUAAGACUGCACUCCGCACGAAUUUUUGCUGCCGUUAAAGUUCACCAUAGAUUGAAGAAAAUGAGUGGUAGAUCACAAAUGACGGCAAUGAAUGGGAAGAGACCAUCUUCGAUCCCAUCUCGACAUCAGUCUGAAACUGUAGCUCAACAUUUUGACUUAAUUAAAUAUAUUUAUGAUUCCUGGAAUACAGUAUCAAGGGAAUUAGAUAUGUGUCACAAUCAACCACACAGUAAUUCUUCUAGUUUCAGAAAUGGAGCAUCUGUCACAUAUUAUCAAGAGCGAGAACCAAAUCCACAACUUAAAGAUUUUGAGCCAUUUAACCUUGAAGCCUGGUGGGGACAGCGCGUUGUUCAAAGUAUUACUAGGAAUACAAAUUCCUAGUGCCAGGCUCACCAUAUCGACUAUAAUCGAACAUUCUCAAAUAGACAUAAGAAACAGAAAAGAUAAAUUCAGAGCUGCCGGAGAAAACUUUUUCCAUUUCUAGAAACGAUUUAUCAUGUAUUCAAAAAUAAGUAAUGGGAGGAGAAUAGCAUAGGUAUAAAUAAGUAUCUAGCAAUCAAUUUUGAAUCUUUUUGAUAACAAAGAUAGAAUAUUAGCAAAUAAUCAAAGAUAAAGAUGAAAGAAAGAGAAAGGGAAAGAAUAGGGUUGUGGAAUCAUACGUAUUGGUAUGAAAAUGACAUUCCUCUAAUCUUUUAUCGUGUUUUAACAUAAUAUCGCCUUUUCCCGGACCUUUUUACUCAUCGUGUUU